AUGGGGUUCCUAAGCCUUGAAAUGGAAAAAUGUAAUUUUGCUCAAUUACUUGCAUAUUUUUUUCCUGAUCGUUGCAUUGUUUCAGAGUUGCUGUGUGCUCGACGCGUGCGUCUGAUGAGCGCAGGCGAAUCGCUUAGCGAUGACGCUUGGAAACUACUUGGAGAGGUUAGAUUUGCUCUUAAACUGGAUGUUUAUGUGCGUUUAUUUUUGUAG